AUGAACCAGACUCGCGCUCUACGCGCCUUUAAUCCAACUAAAACUCGCUCAUCGUCACGCUUUGUUGUCUCACCCCUGGUCCAUCAUACCAGACAUGUUAGCACAACCAAGAAUGCAAAGGCAUCUGCCAUAGGAUUGCCGUCUGCACCUGAAUCUACCUUUCCUUCUUCACACACACAAUCUCAAACCAUCAACGAGAAGACGCCACAGUCCAUAACAACAUCUAUAUCUACACCCAGAUCCACAUCGAAAUCGCCGCUUGGAAAACUUCCCGUAUCCGCCAUCUUACGAUCCGCGUUUAUUCUGUCCAUAUCAUCAUCACCAUUACUCCUCCGACCGUGUAUAUGGGCUCUGUCAGCACUCGCAAGUCCCAAAACUGCUCUGACCGACGUCGACCGCAACCCCCUACUCAACUGGCUAGUAAAGAACACCAUCUACAAACAAUUCAAUGCUGGAGAAAAUAAGGUUGAGGUACAGCGGUCCAUCGUCGAGACGAAAGGUCUAGGAUGUCGUGGUGUGUUGUUGGGAUAUGCGCGUGAGGUUUUGGUGGCGGAUAGCAAGGCCAGUCCUCACGAUGAGAUUUUAGCGAAACAAGAGGUGGAUGCGUGGUUGAAGGGGACGUUGCAAGGUGUUGACAUGGCGACUGCGGGUGACUUUGUUGCCUUGAAACUUACCGGCAUGGGCACUCAGGCCGUACACCUGUUGAAGAACCGUCUCCCACCCUCCGAAUAUAUGGACGCCGCUAUUACCAAAGCCUGUGACGCUGCCCUUUCCAAGUCGGCACGCCUCUUGGUCGACGCAGAGGAACAAGCCGUGCAGCCGGGCAUCGACGACUGGGUUAUGAAGUAUCAGAAAUACUGCAACUCCCAAUCGCCCGGCCAUGCAACCAUGUACCUCACUUAUCAAGCAUACCUGAAAUCCACACCCGCAAAUAUCGCAAAACACCUUGCCAUGGCUGAGAAAGAUGGAUAUACUCUCGGUGUAAAGCUUGUUCGUGGUGCAUACAUGAAAAUAGAGCCACGACACACCAUCUGGGAUAUCAAAGAGGACACCGAUGCAUGCUACGACGGCGUUGUGGAAGCUCUUUUGACUCGACGAUACAACUCCAUGCUCCGUCCUGCAUCAGAGAGCCAAAACAAAGAGCAAGUACCGUCCGUCAACGCAAUCAUCGCCACCCACAACCGCGACUCCGUACAGAAAGCGCAUCAAAUCCGCCUUCAACAAGCAGCCAAUAAUCAACCUCGUAUCGAACUGGCAUAUGCUCAACUUCAGGGCAUGGCGGAUGAGAUUAGCUGUGAACUGAUCCAGGGUUUCUCUGACGGUACCAGUGGCAAGAGUUCUGCUAUAGAGAAGCCCAAUGUUUACAAGCUGCUUACCUGGGGCUCGGUUCAGGAAUGUAUGGGCUUCUUGUACAGAAGAGCACUUGAGAAUACGGAGGCAGUGACUCGGACGAAGGAUUCGAGGUCAGCUAUGUAUGCUGAAUUGUGGAGGAGGAUAACGCGACAGAAUUAG